GCUAACCGGUAUUUAGACCUACCGCGCUAAUAAAAAAAUCAAGUGAAGGUGCAUGGUGACAUGGUAAAGACGACUUGUGUUAACUUUAUACCAACAUUGGUACAGUUUGUUGGACAGGAAUUAUUCUGAAAGAAAUAAUAUUGCGCAAAAUCUUAACAUCACAAAAAUAUAACUGUUUAAUGGAUGUGCUAAACACGGUAUUCGGAUUUGAGGAAAUUCGAACUAGAUGAUUCACUCGUGCACAUGCAGGUGGGGUGCGUUUUGUGUACAGUAGUGAAAACUGUAGAUCUAUACUAUGGACACCUUGGAUAUUAUUUCAGUGCAUUAUCGCCUUCAAAAAGAUCUAUUAUAGAGAAGAUAUAACUGAUUGUAAUCGACACACGAUUGUGUUCUACAAAUCGAAGUUACAACGGAGCAUGUCCCUUGCCUAUGGUGUACCCGGCUGUUACUGUCAACUCUUAGAAGCUUGUGGCUUAGAUUUUGCAAAUGCAAAUCCUGCUGUGGAAAAUGGAUCCCAACAAGCUCUUUCUACCGCCAUGCUGAAGAUGAUAUAGCAAGGAAACAGAGAGCCCUUUGCCCCAAGUUCAGUUUCGAUGAAGAUGCCUAUAGAGAUCCUAAGCUUCAAUCACCUCUGUUUGAAGGAUCCGAAACUACCAUUUUGGAGGCAGUGACUGAACAUUUGUAUGUUUUCGCUGUAAAUCAUGGAAUGUCCAAAGGAGCUGUUUCUGAUGUUUUACAAAGUCAUAAAGCGACGCUUCCUAAACCAAAUCAAUUGCCAGGAUCGUUUCAGGAAGCUAAGCGGAUGAUAAAACAUUUGCUGAUACCCCUCUUGAAAUAUGAAGUGUGCAUCAAUGACUGUGUCAUAUUUCGAGACAAACACUUAGAUUUGGACCAGUGCCCAUCGUGUGGUGAACCAAGGAGGCUGAAUGGUUGUGUCCGAAAGUCGUUUACGUACAUGCCAAUUGGACCAAGACUUGCGAGAUGGUUCGGGACAUCAAACUUGUGCCAACUUCUUUACGCGGAUAAGAUAUCUAUCAAUGGGACAUUGACAGACUUUACCGAUGGUGAUCUUUACGAAUCUUGGUUUCGAGAAGGAGGUGUGUUUGAAAAUAUGAAAGAAGAACAUUGUGUUCCCCUCUCUCUAUUUGCGGAUGGAGUGAAUCCAAAUAAACACCAGUCUGCUCAGAAGUCUAUGUGGCCUGUUAUGUUGACUUGGAUAAACUUGCCAAGAAAUAUUCGACAGGUUCUUGGUCCAAUGCUGUUAGUGGGAAUAAUUCCUAGUGGAUUAAAGGGCUGUGAACCUAAAACAUUGGAGCCAUACUUUGAACUUUUAACAGAGGAACUCCUAGAGCUGACUGAAUUCCCUGUUUGGAUGUCAUACAUUGGAGCACCAGUGAAAGUGAAAGUUGCCUUGUUACAGUUCUUGUGUGACAUUCCAGCAUUCUCCAAAGUUUUACAUUUAAGUGGACAAGCAGCCCUUAGAUCAUGCCCCUACUGUCAAGAGAAUGGAUAUUACUGUCACCAUUUAAAGAAAACCAUCCAUUUGUCAAACAGAAGUUUCUUACCACUGGACGACAGUUUACGAAACUCUGAAGGCUUUGGACUGAAAGAAAGAGACACUAAUAUUCCUGUGGCUUAUUCUAGAGAUGAAGAGAUACAAAAGAGGAAGGAAUAUGACACCUUACCGAACAAAACCCAGAAACUGAAACACCAAAAACAGACCGGGCUGAAAGGAACAUAUAACUUCAUGAAACUGCCAUAUCAUGACAGAGCCAGUCAAAUGCAGCCAGAUGGGAUGCAUACCAUUGCAGACUUUAUAAAUCAUUUGAUGGACAUGUUAACUGGCAAACAUGACAGUUCCAGUGUCAGAAACUGUGAAAAAAAAUUCAACCGGUUUCCAGAGAUAUGGAUUCCUGAGGAUUAUUCAGCAUCCACCAUGGCAGCAUCACAGAGUACAAAAGGAAAGAAAUCCUUGAAAAGAAAGAGGAUUGGUGAAAAUGUGAAUCCACUGGACAUAGGACACUUUGCUUUGCCACGCACCCCUUGGUCACUUUCAAAGGAAGAAAUAAAGACUGCAGAUGAAAGAGCGUCCACUAUCAGAUACAGCACAAUGCAUGAAGUGACACCGGGACCACACUUUUCUAAACCUUGGACCCUACGUACUAUGUGUUCAAAAUUACAGUUUGUAACCAGUGGAGCUUUGGAAUGGUGCAUCAAAGGGUUUUUGCCAACUCAACAAGAAGAGACUCUACGCAAAGUUUUGGAUGUAAUCAGAAGACUGGUAACACCCACUCUGAGCCAACAGGACUUGCCCUUUCUGCAGAAAGAUGCUCAUACAGCAUUGGUUUUAUUUGAGAGAGAUUUUCCUUUGUCUAUGCAGAACCUGGUCACUCAUCUGUUGCAUCAUCUUGUUGAUGGCUUUUCCACCAAUGGACCACUGUAUGGGAGAUGGCUGUUUGCGUACGAGAGAGCGAAUGGAUGGAUCUCACGACAAUGCCUGAAGAAAGGAUCCGAAGAAUCCACUGUCAUGGAGACCUAUGCAGUUUAUGACUGGUGCAUGUACAUGGUACUGAGCAAGAAAUAUGUUCCAUCAGCAUCUACAGUGAAGAAUCGCCUUGCAUCCAUCUGUGACGACUUUGGACCAUUGUACAAAUUCGAUGCUGAAUCAGGGACAAAAGUGACUUUGACUAGUGAGUUGAAAACACAUAUGAAGACAUUUUACGAACUUGUCUUAAAAUUCAACAUCUUUCAUUUUGAAGAAAAGGUAAAGGAGAAGGUACGAUUCCACUCUGAUGAAAAAAAACUGUUUUCACAAAGUGCGGCCACAUCAAAGAAUGGAAGUUUGGUGAAGUUGUUUUGUCCAUCCGACAGCAACUUGUUUGGAAACAUUCGCAGUCUCUUUGAACACAAUGUGAACCUGACCCUCCAAACCUGGGCAGUGGUGGAUGUUUACCCCCGAGCUGAGAAGAGAGAUGGAAGUAUUGAUGUGCCAGACACCGUCAUCGGUCAAAGACUUAUUCAUGUGGAUUUAAUUUGUGAUCCUGCUGUGUAUGUUAAAAAAAAUGAGACAAUUCAUGUUCUUAAUUCUUGUUAAAGAUUUCUUUUGCAGGAAAUAUAUGUAAUGAACACAGUCACAAACUGUAUAGGAAUGCUUACAUGCAUACAUGGACCAUGGAUUGAAUGCAACUUGU